CCCCCCUUUUUUUUUGUCUUCCAAAAGAAGUGAGGAAACCAUUUACGAGCUUUUUUACUUUUAAAGCCAUCUUUCUCCUUCGAGGUCUGCUUCCCCGGGCCAUGUAGUCUGCACAGGACGCGGGAAUCUUGAGCAAUUGUAGCGGCGCUGUUGUUUACGGAACUCGGCGGGGGCUGAGCCCGCGGUCUUGCCCCCCGCCUAACGCCCAGGCCAUGCCACCCCAUCCGCGCGCGGAGCCGCGGCCGCCGGGCCUCUGGGGCUGAGCCGGGAGCCGAGAGCCUCGGGAGGAGGAGGCGCCGGCGGCGGAGCCGGAACAGGAGCGGCGGCGGCGGGCAGCGCGGCGGACCCAGUACUAUGGCUAUGUACUGCUAUGCACUCAACAGCCUGGUGAUCAUGAAUAGCGCCAACCAGGUGAAGAGCGGCGGCGGCCCUCGGCCCAGCAGCAGCGAGACGCCCCCGCCGCCGGGGAGGGCCGUGUUGAGCCCCGGCAGCGUUUUCAGCCCCGGGAGUGGCUCCUCUUUCCUCUUCCCCGCAGCUGAGUCGUCGCCGGAGGAGCCCGGGAGCCCCCUGGGCUGGCGGAGUGGCCGGCGCAGGCUGAAUAGUAGCAGCGGCAGCGGCAGCAGCGUGGGCAGCCCGAGUUGGGCGGGUCGCCUAAGAGGCGACGGGCAGCAGGUGGUGACCACCGGUACCCUCUCCCCUCCGGGGCCGGAGGAGGCCAAAAGGAAGCUUCGAAUCCUACAGCGCGAGCUGCAGAACGUGCAGGUGAACCAGAAAGUGGGCAUGUUCGAGGCACACAUCCAGGCGCAGAGCUCCGCCGCUCAAGCGCCCCGCAGCCCGCGUUUGGGCAGGGCUCGAUCGCCCUCCCCGUGCCCCUUCCGCAGCAUCAGUCAGCCCCGAGGAAGGGUCCUGGCUCCGAGUGAGGGGCGGAGGACAAAGUCCUGGGGGGAACAAUGUCCGGAGACUUCAGAGGCCGACUCCCGGAGAAGAGGAGGGACGCCCAGCCAACGCCUCUCGAAGGACAAAGAGGGAGUAGCACCUUUCCCCGGCCCUGCUGCCCCGGCAGGAUCAGCGGCUCAGGGUCCAGGCGCUUCGGUGAAAAUGAGAAAGCCGGUCCCGGCCGGACGCCACUGUGGCUCACCCAUUGCUAUGGAAGUUGACAAGAGGGUUUCUCCUCCUUUGGGAACUCAGAAUUACCAAGCUCCCCCGUUGGGGCUGGUCGGAGUGAACAUAACGAUGGCCGCAGAAGUGGCAGCGAGAGCCACAUCCACUGGGCCACACCAUCCACAGGACCCAGCCCUCACUGAGCUGUCUGAGAGGGCCCGCGAGCUUGGGGGUGUGUACCCUCGAGAGGCCCUGGCCAAGAGUCAGGGGCAGUCUUUGGGCAGUGAGACAAGUCCGGCCCCAGAGAGGGGCGGGCCCCGCAGUGGAGAGCCCCCUGGGAAGGUGGGGAGAGGAAAUCUGCCCGGUGGCAUGCCGGGCUCCGGGGCGCCUGAAGCGGACAAAAGGCCAGAGGAGAGGACUGUGAACGCGCAGAGUCCAGCGGACUCCUCUGAGGCCCCGGGCUGGUUCAGGCAGCCCAGAGACUGGGGCUCAGUAGGCUCCGAGGGGACCCAGAGUGGGGCCCUAGUGGCCAGGGAGGCACGGCCGCGCUCCAACAGAGUGGAUGAAGGGUCUGCGUCGCUGGGCUUGCUUGGGGGCAGCAGCUCAGCACAGCCAGGCCCCGGGGAGUUGGAGGCGGGGAUUCCCUCUGGCGGAAUGCUGGAGCCUUUGCCCUGUUGGGAAGCAAAAGAUCUGAAAGAACCUCAGUGCCUUCCUGGGGACAGGGUGGGUGUGCAGCCUGGGAGCUCCAGGGUUUGGCUGGACUCCAUGGAAGAAGCGGGUCUGGCCUGGACGUGUGUCACAGGGGUACAAUCCGAGGGGACUUGGGGAAGCCAGCCUCAGGGCAGAGAUGCCCACCCCAGCCCAGAGCAGCUCUCCCCAGAUCAGAAGGACAAGCCUUCCAGGGGAGAGGCCUGCAGCCGAAGCAAUAUCCCUGCCGUCAUCAUUACAGACAUGGGUGCCCAGGAGGAUGGUGCCUUGGAGGAGGUGCAGGGAAGCCCUCUGGGCGGCCUGCCGCUGAGGAAACUGUCCUCUUCCUCUGCGUCUUCCACUGGCUUCUCCUCCUCCUAUGAGGACUCGGAAGAGGACAUCUCCAGUGACCCCGAGCGCUGCCUGGACCCCAACUCUGCCUUCCUGCAUACCCUGGACCAGCAGAAGCCCAGAGUGAUCGUUGCGGCGGAGCCUUAUCUGUGACACCAAAACAUCUGCUCCUUGAGUCAAAAAUCACUUGAUUACCUGAGAUUGAUAUUUUGUCUACAGAAGGCCAGACAACUUGAUUGACGGGGCCUUUUGGCUUGGCUGUUCAGUGUUUUAUAGAUAAAACCCCAGCCGGCGCUGUUUGAGGCUCUACAGUAUCGAUACUCGGUCCUCUCCUCGGACUGUGCUGCUUCUGUCUACGCUGCAGCACCGCACUCAGGGGCCCCCGUCCUCACCUGUACGCACACUCACACAUACACUCCCAGCAGCCCGUUCACACACACAGGUUGGAAAUUGCAUGUUCAGCCUCCGGUCACACAACCAACCCCUGACCUUCAGACCCAUACUGAGAACACUUUUUUAGUGUGCUGCUGUGUCUUUGAGCAGAGUUAGACCUUUCAUGCCUCGUGUGCGCGGGCGGUUCUUUGCUUCUGCGGAGGCAUGACUGUGUGACGAGGUGCGCGGCAGAGGUGACAGCCCCGCAAAGCCUGGAGCCUGGCUGCUGGGUUAGCUCUCCUGCUGUGUGGCCUCCCUGCCAGCUCAUCACUGUGAGAAGUCCCAGCGCCAGUGUAGGGGAAUUCGAAGAUGUUCCUGUAGUUAAAAACAAAGUGCAAAGCGGGUUGUUUGGAAGUGCACUCUGAAACUUAUUUAGCCAUUUAGAUUAUGCAAAUUCGCAGAGGCCUUUUUACUGAAAGGGAAUGUGUUGAGAAGCGCCUCUGCUCAUUUGCUUCCAUGGGUCGGAGCUGUAUGCAAAGUGCUUCAGGCCUUUCCUACAGCUCAGGCUUCAGAUAUGCCUGUCUCUGAAAUAGAGUGUUCCAGAGUUUUUGCUCCUCUGUGUCUGUUUGUAAAGGAGCAGGCGCUUGAAAUUUGCUCACAAGUAGUUGUAUCACGUGCUUUGUGUUCAAUGGCUUAAAUUCAGGCGUGUUCACAUUUACGGUUUUCUGAGAUCUGAACAGAAGCGAAUUGCACUGAGGAAGGAGGGUGUUCUCUCUUGUUCUUUAAGACAACUAGAAAUUAAUCAACAGUUCUUGACCUCCCUGUGUUAUGCCAUUUAAAAGUAACUGGGCCAUUGAAACACCAGGUUUAAAGUGCUAAAUUAAAAUAAGCAUGCAUCUUCCAAAAAUAGGUUUUAUUGAUUUAUUCCAAAGUUGUACUAUCAAUCAUGUGUACAAAAACCAAAACAAAACGCUGGUCUAGUUACCUGGGGGACAUUUAAGGAAUUAUAAUACAAAAUCCUUGCCUUCUUGGUGCUCACUAUUUUUUCAGGGCCAUUAGAAUUUUGUUUCCUUUAGUUUUUUGUGUGUUGACUAGUUUUGUUGCCUUUUUUAAAGUAAAAAACGAACUAAUAUAUGGGGUAAAAAAAUUCGAGCAGUUUAAAAUGGUUUUAUGUGGUUUUUAAAAGUGUGAAAUUUUUAUCUGAGGGUAAACCCAAUUAAAAUUUAAAAGCCUUAGAGGGAUACUUACUUAAAAAAAAAAAAGAAUAUGGUGGUAAGUACUUUUAAGUGGGAAAUUCUUAUCUGGAAGAGAAUAUGGAAGGUCCAGAUUUAUCGGGUCACGAGUUCGGGUCGCAUAUGCUGUUUUCUUAAGAUGGGGCACCCUUCCCCCUCAGGUGUGCAGCCAGGAUCUUUCUGGAAAGGCUUCAGGACUUUUCAGAUCUGGGAGGACCCCUAGUCAUUUAUGUGAGGUUCUGGGUGUUACCCUGAUCUGUUUAAGAAGGAGGAAACCAAGACUCAGAGGGGCAAAGGGACCCAAGGGCUGCAGCUCUGGCUCAGAUUCCUCCUUUUAAAAUAUGCAUUCUGCGUGAGGGUGAGCUCAUGGGGGCCUGCAGAGUUCUAACUCUCUGUGACUAUGUAAUUCCAGACAUUUGAUUCAAAACCUGCUGUAUGUGAAGUACGUAUCAUGGUGUCUGGAAAUGUGACAAGAUUUCUUUGGUGUGGACCUUGGGCAGUCGAGGCCGAAACUGGGCACAUUUAAUUGUGUGCUUUUCCUUGAGAUCCAUUAAUUAUCUGCCUCUCAUCUCUCUUAACUGGAAGAAUGGUUCUUUGUAAUUUCACAUUGAAAAAGUAUCAUCAAAAUAAAUGAGUACAAUACCCAAGAUUCUCGUUAAUGGUUAGACUGAUUGAUAUUAGAGGCUGUGCUGGUAGGAUGCCAGCACAUUAACCUGACAAGUGAAAAAUGCAUUGUUCUCUGAGGGCUUCGGCCUCCUCAGAUAGUUCAGUUUGGAAACUGAGGCUUUGCCUCUGCAGAGCCAAAACGUCACUUCAAAGACCUCGUUUUAUCAAAGAUAAAAGUAAUUCAUCCAGCUUGAAUCCUUUCAAAUAAAGGUGGGGCAUAGAGAAAAAGAGAGAUUGGUGUUGAGGCAUCACAAAAACACAGCUCAAGAUUUACCAGGCUUUUAGGUUUAACAAGAAAAAACAUAUUAAACUGGACGGCUUCUGCUUUUAGAGAAAUGUAUUUCAGGUGUUACAGAAAGCAUUUUCAGAACUUUGCUUUUUAGCGCCAAAUUGCUACCGAGCCACUUUUCUGAUUUUGGUGGCACAUGCCAGUUAAAUGUAGUUACAGAUUAGAUUAGUUCUCUGUAGUUUAUUUAUAUUCCUGGGAGCAUUGAUAACAUUGUUUAGGCUUAUUUUAUUUUGUCGGGUUUCAAUGUAGUUGUCUAAAGGCAGAAUUUUAAAAUAUUUAAUGGUAAGCGUUUUAUAUCUUGAUUGAAAAAACUUGUAGACUUCAGGUCAUCAGUGAUUCAGGAUUAACUCACGAACUCUUCUAAAUUGUGUUGUGGACACACUGUCAGCAUGGAAGGAUCUAUAUAUAUAUUUUUUUAAUUUAUUUAGGUUGCACCAGGUCUUAGUUGCGGCACUCGGGAUCUUCAGUUGUGGCAUGACAACUCUUAGUUGCAGCAUGCAUGCUGGAUCUAGUUCCACGACCAGGAAUCGAACCUGGGGCCCCUGCAUUGGGAGCGUGGAGUCUUAUUCACUGGACCACCAGGGAAGUCCUGGUCUAUGGGUUUUGAUAAGAGACGAGAUCUUGGCAUUGUAAGCUAUACACAUUGUUCCCUCCAGUCCAUGACAAAUGUGCCUUGCAAUGAUUUUUUCCUGACUGGGUGGAAUUGACGUUGUGAAUGAUGUAUUUUUCAUGAAUUGGGAGCCCAUUGUUUACAUAACUGCAACAAACCCAACUGUGAACUCUCUUGUAACGUGAAAAGCCAGUUAGAGUGCCAACCUCCAUUGUCUCAUUGGGAUAUUUGGGAUUUUGUAUGUCCGGUUCUCCUGAGACUGUGUGCCCUCCUGUGGUUGCAUACUGUUAUCUUAGUUAACUAAGGAGUGAGGUACUACAGGUGGCCUCAACAACAUGGAAACACUCAGCAUUGUAGCAUUCCCUCAGACCGAUGGGUCCAGUCUGCUAGACUGUGGAGGCCACCCUGGGCGUCUGGAAGAAUCUGGUCCAACCUGGUCCCAUGAUCCUGUAGUCAGACAUGACUUACUGUAGUUCUGCCAUCAACUAUCUCGUUGUGGUUCCCCCAGACACCUGGUCGUUCAUUUUUCCAGGGGUGUAUUAUUAUUUUAAAGACAAUUCAGGUCUCCUGGGCUAAAAGACACUAUAGAUAUAAAUAUGAUCUCAUUAGGGAAUUAGGCCUCUGUUCUUAGAAUUUAAAAAAUAACAAUUUUUUUUCUAUAACCUACAUAAGUAUCAUAAUAUAAAUCUGAGUCUGGGAGAGGCUUUAGAACUCAUUUUCUCCAAUACCCACAUUUUACAGGUGAGGAAAGCGAGGCCAGAGCGUAUUCAAUACAGUCAUGUUUACAUUUUUCUUUUCCCUUAAAAAACUUCAUUAGUGGAUAAAGUCCUUACUCACCUGGGGAGAUCCACCUUGGCUUUAAACAUAGGACGUGUUUUUAAAAUGUUUGUUAAAGGAAUGGAUGAAUGAAUGAAUGAUAGACAGUAGCUCUGCUGCAUUACCUACCCAUAAAAGAACUGUCGAGUCAUCCGGGAGAGGAGGAACAAAAAAAGGGAAAAAAGAACAAUUAAGGCAGGCUCAUUGCUUAUUUCUGUGACCUUCCUGCCAUAGGAGUAGGGGUGCCAGACUGGGGUUUAGGAGACCUGGGUGAAAUCCCAGUCUGCACGUGGCCUGCAAGCCCUCUGAAAAAUGGAGAGAGGAGGCAUGACCUCACGGGGUGGGGGAUGAGAGUUCAGGGACGCAGUGUUCUAAAAGUGCCUCAGAUGGCUCCUGGCACAUGGUACAGGCUCAAUCAAUGUUAGUGGAGGUGGAAUUAGGAGACAUCUUAAGUACUGGUGAGGCAGUGUCUGUCUGGAAAAUUCAUGGGGUCCCUUGGAAGAAAUGCUUGGUAGCAACUCCAGGAUUUUGUUGAGGUGCCACUUUCACCCAGUACCAUCCUGGAAGAUGAUUCUGCCUCACCCAAUAAGGCUGCAAUGAAAUGGAUUUCUCAAAGACCGGUAUUCACAGGCUACCCAUGAAUUCACACGCUAUUGUGGGACCACAACAGCUUCCUGAAGUGUAUUUCAUGGAACAUUGAGAAGAAGGCUGGUCUUACCCUCUGUCUCUGUUUCCUAGUGUAGUUUCCUUUGGUUCAGUUAUGGGGCUGGGGAUCAAAGAGCAAUACAAGCCUCAGGGAACAAGGUCAGUGACGAUACCUUCUCACAGUGUGUGUGCAGGGAAGACCACUCUGCAUGGGGAGGCAGGGCCCUCCAGGCUUUCUCUGAUGAGGAAUGAUUUAUGAUCAUCAUUUCCCUGGUAAGCCAAGACGCGCAGGCUUUUGACUAACUUGUCUGGUGUGUUUCUCAGCAGUUCCAUUAAGAAUUCACUCCUAGGGCUUCCCUGGUGGCGCAGUGGUUGAGAGUCCGCCUGCCGAUGCAGGGGACGCGGGUUCGCGACCCGGUCCGGGAAGAUCCCACAUGCCGUGGAGCGGCUGCGCCCGUGAGCCAUGGCCGCUGAGCCUGUGUGUCCGGAGCCUGUGCUCCACAUCGGGAGAGGCCACAACAGCGAGAGGCCCGCGUACCACAAAAAAAACGCAAAAAAAAAAAAAAAAUUCACUCCUAGAGAUCUGAUCUUUCCCCUCCAUUGAGCUUUACUUGGGCAUUUUAUUUACUUGAUAUCACUUUAUGGAAACCCAUUCAACAAAAGGUAUCUCUUCAGGCCGCUAGUCAAUACUACAUGUUUUAUUUCCUGAAAUGUGUAUUUCUAUUUUGCUCCAAACCAGCUGAUAAGUUUUAUAAGUAACCAAAAGUAGGAGCUGCAGACAGUAAAAGUGGUGAAAGUGGCACCUCAACAAAAUCCUAGAGUUGCUACCAAGAAUUUCUUCCAAGGGACCCAACGAAUUUUCCAGACAGUAAGCAAAAGCGGAAUGAACCUCUGCAGUUCAUAUGUAUGUAUGAUUUGAUGGGGUAGGGGGGAGCGUGGAGGGGGAGUAUACUUGUUGUACACUCUAAGUAUACUUGUUGUUUUUUAUGUUUUUAUUUUCCCAUCUCAGAAUGAGUAGGAAAAAACUUCUCAUUCGACCUGGUGGUAACCAGUAUUCAACUGAAGAGACUCCACCCUCUUGAAGGUCACUGUUAUCCUGUGAAUCUAGCAUUUUAACUUUGUGGUAAGAUUCUGGGUGGAAAGGGAAAAUAAAAUGAUACAGCAUCUCAGACAAAGACAUUGAGAUCAUUUCCAUUGACCUGGUGACUAAGAUUAGGGUUCGCCUAACCCAGAGAUUAUGUAUGUAUUGUGAGGCCCGGUAAGGCUCUGUCCUUGGAGAGCUUGCCGAAAGGGUGGUCUGGUCCAUUCGCUCAUGUUUAUAAAAUUGGUCUUAAUGCAUCCGGAGGGCAGGAAUGAGGUACUUUGGCCUUGGGCUUUGGGGGCUGUGACAGUUGUUUUCUUUCUUUACCCUUCUUAAUGGGUCCUCUGCAUCCUGCCCCCCCAUUCCAUUUAAUCAGGAGAAAUAAACUGAUUGUUUAUUGUUCUUCCAAGAAGAAGCUGUAAUACAUUUUAUAUUAGCAGUGCUCAAUAUUUUCAUUCACUAUGGGGAGUCUUCCGUGUGCCCUGGGACGGAGGGAUUUGCCAUCCACCGGCUCACCUGGCAACUUCUCUUGGUAUGCUGAGAGUUGGUGGGACCCCGGCAGUUACCGGGGAGGUCCCUGCACCCCCAGGCGGUUCCCAGCGAGUGUUUUUCCAAUUGCACUGACAUUCUUUCCAGGCUCAGCUCAAUUUGUUUUCUUCUUCUCUAUGGUAAUUGAUGACUGAGUCGUAAAAUGUAUAAUUCAGCAGGAUCUUGUGUUAAGUGCUUCUUCCACAGUCGUGCAGGAGCUGGUGUUUGGCUAAUCCUCUGCUAUACAUGGGUGUGUAAGAUUUUCUUUUUGCAAGUUAGCUAUCUGGAGAGUAGGUUUAAUACAAUACAUCUCAUAACAAUGGGGAAAGGAGACCGGCUGGGGUAUGGAGAGGAACUCAGGGAGUAUCACUUCUGUAAUCCUUAUCUAACCUGAAUCUAUUAGCAGGAAACUGAAAAGGCCUGUGUAUGACAAUGAGAUAAACAGUUUAAUCUAUUAACAAUGUCAAGUGGAAAAUCCAGCCGCAGCCAGUAACUUAAGAAAUGGCUAGGAGGUUUUGUUGGGACAGCAGAUCCUGAGACCCAGGUUGCUAAGCCAAGGGUAGGAAAAUUGGUUGCUGUAUGUUCAAGCUGGGAGGUUGGGAAGACACUGGUUUGAGAAACUACUGAAAAAUCCUUACGGAUACAAAACUAUGCUAACGUCGGAGACAUUUUGAAUGCGUUAUAAUUGAUAUUUUAGUCUGUAUGAGGCCAUUGAAACCUUUUCCUCCUCUUCACCGUUGUCAUCAUCAUUGUCACAGCAUUUAAGUAUUCAUUAGUAUUCAGCAUCUUGCUAAUUCCAAGUAAUUUAGGACAUGUAAGACCUUCUCUGAGAACUUUCCUGGGCAUACUCUAGGAGUGCAGUGUGCUGGGAAGACUAGGACUCUCAGAUUCGGUGCUUGGCCUCUUUGGGCUUUGGUGUCCUCAUCUGUAAAAUGGGUGCAUCGAUAAUCUUCCUACAUCAUGUGGACUUUGUGAGUCUUAAAUGAGAUCGUGUUUGUAGAGUCAUUUUGAGGGUGUAUUCUUUCCCACUUAAAUUUUUUUUUCACGAGUACUAUGAUGUUGCCUUUUUCCCCCAGAUUUUCUCUUGAUUUCUACAGUACUCAUUUGUUUAUUUCUGUCAUGCACACUCUAAGUAUACUUGUUGUUUUUUAAUAAACAGUGAUCUAUUUUAUUUUUGUAA